UCAGCUGUUCCGUGCAUAAACUAUCUGUUUAAUAUUAAUUUAUUGAUAUCAGGAAUAGAUAAAACAGUUAGUUGAUAAAGAUUUUGUGGUUUAUGUAAUUCUAAUUUUAUUAGUAAAUAAUUAUGAAGAAUACAAUCAUGUGUGUAGUACGAGUAUAAGUUGCUUUGUAUGCUGCGCAAUGGAUAAAAGUUUGAAAAGUGUUUUGUGUGGUGGUUUGGCUGGAGCUACAGAUGUGGUCCUAACAUUUCCCACUGAUUAUGUAAAAACACAGCUUCAAUUGGAUGAAAAAGGUGACAGAAAGAAAUACACUGGAGUGUUUGAUUGUAUUAAAAAAACAAGCAAACAAUAUGGCGUUUCCGGUUUGUACCGUGGCAUGAGUACAUUGCUCUACGGAAGUAUUCCAAAAACGGCAGUAUGUUUUGGGUCAUUUGAAUUUUUCAAAGCACAACUUGUUGAUGAGGGAAAUACACUUUCAACAUUCAAUAGUUUUGUAAGUGGAUUUGGAGCCGGUGUAGUAGAAUCUGUCAUUGUUACAACGCCAAUGGAGACCAUGAAAGUGAAACUCAUAAAUGACCGCCGAAGUGAGAAACCAAAGUUUCGGGGGAUGUUUCACGCUGCUCGAAUUAUUUUGCAAACCGAAGGCUUUCGUGGUAUUUAUAUGGGUCUCACACCAACAUUAAUGCGGCAGUGUUCGAACCAUGCAAUUAGAUUUCCCAUUAUGGAAACAUUUAAGAACUAUUACAGAGGCGACGAUCCGACAAGGAAACCACCAAAAUGGAUGACAGCCGUCUUCGGAUGCCUUGCCGGUGCCUCCGCAGUGAUAGCCAAUACACCGAUUGAUACGUUAAAAACGCGAAUGCAAGGCCUGGAAGCUGCUAAGUACAAAAGUACUUGGGAUUGCGUUCAGAAAAUAUAUCAAAAUGAAGGAAAAUUGGCUUUCUAUAAAGGAAUGGUGCCACGUUUCAUACGUUUGUCUCUACAAGCAGGGGUUAUUUUCACCGUAUAUGAUGUAUAUUCAGAGGCAAUCGAUAAAUUAGAUGAUAAGCUGAAAGGAAACACGAUAAACAGUUGACUGUUUAUAAUUAAGUAUACAAUUUGGAAUUUACUACAAUUAAAUUGCCUUUAAAAGGUGUAUUGUAUAUACAUGUGAGUAAUAUUAAUAUCCUUUACAAAUGCUCAAUUAAUUUGCAAAUUAUAACGCCAUUAUAAUUAUUUUAGUAUAAUGCUCGAAAAUAAUAGAUUUUUGUUUAAUGAAAAUAUGAUUAUCUUAAUAUCCAUUAAUUACCAGUUAAAAUAUUUUAUUUACUCGAUUAUCAAGCCAUUUUCCUUUUAGCUGCUUAUUUAAAAUUUGUUUUAUUUAAAAUUACCAGAAAUUUUCAACUGGUAAUGCAAUUAAGUGAUAA